AAAAUGUAUUUUGUAUUGUAAAGCUGUUUUCAGCAUCUUUUAGUAUCUGCUGUAGUAAUUCCCAGAUUAGGAGCUCCCAAAUAGCAUUGGGAAUCUACUGGAAGCAGAAUUUGUGGAAGUGGGUCUACACUGAGAUUGGGAGUCAAACGCCUAGAAAGAAGCAAACCUGGAUGUGACGCCAACUAUAAAAAUGUUGAAGCUGCCCAUCUGUUUGACUAACAUGCAGAGCAUUUACGGUGGUGAUUGCAGAUCUGAAUUGUUGACGAUACUUACUGCAAAAAAACACCAUCAUGCCAUCCAUUAUUACAGUUCUGUGAACUGUUACAGAUAAAAGACCUUGGGGUUUUUGGAGGACUGUCUCCUCCCUUGCUUGUUGUCUGAUCUGAUUUUACCAGUAGGACUUGUCCCUGGAACUGUCACGUGUGACAGGAAUCUCGCUGCAGCACAAGAGCACGGUAUCCACCGUUUGCUCGUUUUUCCCUCUGGUUAGUGUGACCCUCUCCAUGCCCGCACUGUCCCACCGCUCCCCUGGCUGCCUCACUUCGCUCCCAGAACCACCGACCCCUCUCUGUUACCCCGCGGGGAUGCUCGUGCAUCGGAUCUGCUGUACGGGGAGGCCUUGCCGCUGCAGGAGCAGAGGCUGCUCUGGCUGCUGAGAACCGAGAGGGGUGAAGCAGGGGCACAGCAUGGCCAGGUGUCGUAGAGGACAAAAUGCAUAUUGCAGAUACUAAAGCAGCGUGGUAGAACUGACAUCUUAUCUUUUUGAUAUGAGCAAACUGGCUGUUGUUAUUAACUACUCAGAAAACAGACUUUCGGAGAAGCAGUAAAGAGAAAUGGAAAUUGGAAUCUGUAUCUGCUGCCACACUUUAACUGCUUUUAUAGGAAAUGCUGCGUUGAUAAUCUAGAGAGGUGACUGUCCAAGACCUUUAGUUACCGAUAGUGACGACGUGCAGGAGGCUGCAAUCACAGCACCAUGGUAUAUGUCACAAGGAAAACAUGCAGAAGCAAGAGAACUAAUGUAUUCAGGGGCUUUGCUGUUCUUCAGUCAUAACCAGCAAAACAGUGCUGCUGAUCUGUCCAUGCUGGUUUUGGAGUCUUUGGAGAAAUCGGAUGCAAAAGUAGCAGAUGACCUUUUAGAAAACUUGGCUAAAUUGUUUAGUUUAAUGGAUCCAAAUUCUCCUGAAAGAGUGGCUUUCGUAUCCAGAGCACUAAAAUGGUCUAGCGGGGGAUCAGGAAAACUUGGACAUCCGAAACUACACCAGUUACUAGCAAUUACCCUGUGGAAAGAGCAAAACUAUAGUGAAUCUCGGUAUCACUUCUUGCACUCCACAGAUGGCGAAGGAUGUGCAAAUAUGCUAGUAGAAUACUCCUCAUCCAGGGGAUAUCGCAGUGAGGUGGACAUGUUUGUAGCACAGGCAGUACUACAAUUUCUCUGCCUAAAAAAUAAGACCAGCGCAUCAGUUGUUUUUACAACAUACACACAGAAACAUCCUUCAAUAGAAAAGGGUCCGCCUUUUGUUCAACCACUGCUAAACUUCAUCUGGUUUCUGUUGCUGGCGGUUGAUGGAGGAAAACUAACGGUAUUUACAGUAUUGUGUGAACAGUAUCAACCUUCACUGAAAAGAGAUCCCAUGUAUAAUGAGUACCUAGACAGAAUAGGACAGCUUUUCUUUGGUGUUCCGCCCAAGCAGACAUCAUCCUAUGGAGGAUUACUAGGAAAUCUCUUAAACAGUCUGAUGGGAACUGGAGAAGAUGAUGACACAGAAGAUGGUCAGGAAGAUAGCAGUCCUAUUGAGCUCGACUGAAUGUUGUUGUCAUUGGGUGCCAUGUAAAUCUGAUGAUUCGAUGACUCCAAAGACAGUUUUGGAAUUUGAAUCCUGCAGUUGUUUCUUGGCGCCUAAAAGGGCUCCUCCAGUCUUUUAGAAAUGGUUGCUGAAAUGUUUAUAAUGUUCGGUCUAUAUUAUUUAUGUAAAAAAAGAAAGAAACCAACAAAAAGUAGCCAAACGAACCAAUCGGAGCAAUUGUUAGCAGGUUUCCGAUACAGCGGCUGGUGACUUUGAUUAAAAUAUAGUCUUCUACGGUUUCUGAUGCAGUAUUCCCUUUUGCACAGUAAUUCAAUAAAGCAUAAAUAUGGGUCUUGUACUUCAUGGCCUACCCAAUACUGUCUUUGUUAUGAGAAAGCCUCCUUGAACUCUACCACCUCCAAGGAAGAUCUCGAAAGGCAGGGUAAUCAAUUGAAUAAUUUAUUCGCGAGGCUGGUGCCAAAAGUACUGUGAGAUGAGCCAAGCAGCAUAAUUUGAGAUGCACAUCCAAGAGACGUUGAUACCAAGAACUCGCUUCCACUGCCGUGAGUAACAUGCACACCAUUCAUACUGCCUUUCACACUACUUAAGGUCUGGCUCUGGUUGAGUCCGUGCGUGUGUUUAGCCGAUACUUCUGAAAAGCACAAGAUUGCGUUGCUCUUGAGUAAAAGCCAAUCAGUGGAACAUAGGUAAUUGGCUGCCAUGUGGAUCUCUCUUGCCUAGGUAUAAAAAUUUGGCAUCUAAAA